AUGGAUGUUGGACAGGCACAUGCAAAUUCUUAUCAGCAUGCGCGACCCCAUCUGCAGCAAUCGCAUCCUAUGCAACAGCCUCCACAGUCAAUCCAAGGUUUUGGCUUGGGCUUUGUUCCCUACACGUCUUUCUAUGGACAGCAAGGCGCACCACGAGGCUUGACGACCACGCACCCAACGUCUGCGGCCCCACAGUACAAUACCGCCCCGCCGAAUGCUCUUCGCUACUCACAGCAGCAGCAGUACAAUCUUCCUGUCCAUAAUGGCGUACCAAUACAGCGGCCGCAUCCACAGCCUCCAAAUCAAGUUCCGAUUGCGCCUGUGCAAACCCAAGAGGCAGUUCCACCCGAGUCGUCGACUGCAGCUCAAGAUGGCAAAGUAGAUAAGCAUAUAAAGGGAUUGAGGAUCAUUCCCGAGCCACCGGGAAAGGACGAAUGGCGACAGAGGCUCUUCGAGGUGGAAGGACUUUUGAUCCUCACAGAGGAGGAGUUUCAGAUCUACUUUCCACACGUCGACAACGUAUACUCCCAUCGAUCUACACAAGAAUACAAGAAAAAGCCUUUCGUUUCGCACUAUUACGACUGUCGGUUGAAAGGCCGACCUGCGGGAACCCCCAAAUCCGACGACCCCAAUAAGAAGAAACGGAAACGCGUGGCCCGUGAGCGAGAUCUAUGCGAUGUAAAGAUCAAAAUCACCGAGUAUCUACCCGGCGCAACACGCGACGAAAUUGCUACGCACCUGAGCCAACAGCCAAGAGGUGAUGGCAUUAAUGCUGAGGCAUUGCUGCAGCGAGUGCAAGGCGCUAUUGGGCAGUCGCUGCAGUCCGGUGCACCUAUGCAGGUGACAAAGCGCUUCUAUACAAUCCAACGCGUGAAUGGCACGGGGCCUAAUGCGAAAGAGGGCGAAAACGGCAGGCAUAAGCAUACGAUCGAAGAGAGCGACCGGAUCAAGAAGAACAGCGUUAUUCGCUGGUUGGCAAUGCAAGAUAGGGAAAAGAGAAAAGCAAAGCCGUCUGAAAAGAAAACCUAUCACACGAAAGCUACGGGUCCAGCCCUUGGAACAGUUAAAAAGCAUUCAAAGGACCAUCCUCUGAAAUUAUAUGGAAGUUGUUUCUGUCCAUUCGUGCAACGUGUUUGGAUAGCCCUGGAGUACAAGAAGCUCGAUUAUCAAUACAUAGAAAUAGACCCAUAUAAAAAACCCGAUUGGUACCUGAAACUCAAUCCUCGGGGACUAGUACCAACACUACAGGACGGUGAUUGGUGCUGCUACGAAAGCACUGUGCUCAUGGAAUAUCUCGAAGACAUCAACCAAGGCAAACCUCUUCUACCCUCUGACCCUAAAAAGCGCGCACACUCUCGCCUGUGGUCGGAUCACAUUAAUCGUAAAAUAGUGCCACGCUUCUACUCCUACCUUAUUGCUCAGGAAACUUCUAAGCAGAUCGAGGAGGCUGCUGGCCUCAAGAAUGAGAUCGAGAAAUUGGUCAACGCUGCCGAUGCAGAAGGCCCAUUUUUCCUUGGCCCCGAACUGUCCUUUGUAGAUGUUCAAGUGGCUCCAUGGGUAAUACGUCUGAACAAGGUGCUAAAGCCGUAUAGGGGAUGGCCUGACGUAGACAAGGACAGUAGGUGGGGCAAAUGGGUUGUAGCAAUUGAAGCAGACCCAUUUGUGAAAGCGACGACGAGCGGAGAUGAAUUGUAUCUUGAUAGCUAUGAGAGAUACGCCGAGAACCGCCCAAACACAAGUCAGGUCGCUGAUGCCAUUAACUCUGGCAAAGGAUUGCCAUGAGCUGGGACGUAGGUGCUUUGAAACGUACAGUAACAAAAACGCAAUUGAAAUAGGCUGCUUCAGUCUUUCAUCUUUGUGUAUUCAACAUGCUACGGAGGCAAUCACGAGAGGUUCAGACUCGGCUUCUUGAGUACUGGUGGGUCUGCGUCCUUUCCACGCACACCGCCGCCGUGCAGAUUGUCAAGCUUUGCAACAACUCCUCUUCUAGUGCCUUUUAAUAGUGCCAACCUUCUCGAAGAGAUGGGUUCCCUUCGGGUAAAUUUCCUUCGGCCCUUGUACCUCAAGAAAAUGCCCUUGGGGGCUGCAGUCCGUCAACGCUUCACACGAGAAGGCGUAUGACGCAUGCGAAACGGCCCAAAUCCACUUCGCGCGGUUGACGCCAGACGCGGAGCUUACGCUUUAAUAUCUUGCUGAAUGCUUUGAAUCACAUUCAGUUCCUAGCAGGCGUCCACAAGGUCGUCCGCGUGUAUGAUGGCCCGUCAAGUUGACAUAGGCCGUCGCCAUUCACCGAGCGACGGGCUCUGCACACCCGAGCCUUGUGAGGGUUUUUGGCGAGAGAUUGGGUGCCGCUGCGGAACAGCCGAGGAAAAGGACCUGGUUGCGCGCGAUUCAGGUCUUGUAGCCAUGGUGCGCGUCGUUAACGCGUUCUUCCAUUGCGUCGGGGCUGGGCGUGCUGAUUGCGAAAUGCCUUUGGCGCGACCACGGACGAAUUGUAUAAGUUAAACUGUUUCCUGGGAUACGCUACGGACGUGCCUAAUUGCGCUUCUUAGAUGGCUUCAUUGGGUGAGCGCGUUUGCUGUGGACCUCCCCUUUCUCCUUUUCGAGUAUUGAUCGAUCGUCUUCACGUCAGCGUCUUGAAGGGCACCCGGGAGAGAAAGGCAAUGAGAAACGACAUCUACGAGGAUUUAUGUCAUGAACCUAGAAUUUCUAUCCGAUCCUGUGCAUGAUUGUGAAUUAUGAAAGGUUGUGCUUUGUGUUAUGAAGAGCCGGAAAAAUUGUCCGUCAUAAGGUUGACAGCGAAGACCAUAGUGAAUGUAUGGACUGGGGAUUGGGGGAAAAUCAGAGUCAUGGACAAACCCAACAUCGUUUAGCAAUGGACAAAAAGAAAAAAAAAAAAUAGCGUCGCACCUGCAACACCGGCGACAUCGCUAGGUAAAAACAUCACUGACAAACCGCGAGUUCUUCAUCA